AGGGGGGUUUUGGGGAAGGAGAGAGUAUCGGGAGGGGAAGAGUGUUUAGGGUUAGGGUUAGGGUUUGGUAUGGCGGGGAGGAGCCGGAAGGAGGCGGCGGCGGAGGGGCAGAGGCACCUGGAGGAGACGAUCGCCGCGGCGUUCCAGAUCCUCUCCUCCAUGAACGACGAGCUCUGCAACCCCGCGCUCUGGUCAUCAUCCUCCUCCUCCUCCUCCGCCGCCGCCGCCGCCGCCCAUCCUCCGCCCACCGGCGCCGGCGGCGGAGGCGUCGACUCGUCCGACUCCUCCUCUCACAUCUCCGACGGCGCCGCCGCCACCGCCUCCGCCGCCUCCGGCGGAGGAAGCGGCGGAGCUCUCGACGACGCCCGGCACCGGUACAAGUCGGCGGUCGCCGCGCUACGCGCUUCCAUCGCCGCCAUUUCCGCUUCUACUCAGGAGGUGAGCACAUUGGAACCAAAAGCAGAUCAAGUAGAAAUCGAGAGGCUCGAAGAGCGUGCAUCGGCCCUCCGAAAGGAGAUCGAAAUCAAGAACAGGCAUUUGAAGCUCCUCAUCGACCAACUACGCAACCUGAUCGCCGACAUAUCGAUGUGGCAGAGCCCCUGUUCCGUGUGAAAUCGCGAGUUUCGCGGCCGCUCGGCUAUUCAGAGGAACAGAAUUGUAUUCCUUUGUAUGUUCUCUCUUCUAAAGUGUUGUUAUGUGUUUACAGUGAUUCUCACAUGUGUAUAAAAGCAGAAUAUUACGGAGAUUUUUGGCUCUCUUUGCCUUCGUUUAUUUGUUAGAAAUAAAUUCAGCUAGAAAUUUGUUUGCUA